GUGGAGGCUGAACGCGUCGUUCCUUCAGCAGCAACGGAAGACAUCACGUUUUAUUGGAUAUAAUUCAGGAUAUUAUGUUUAAAUCAUUAUCGAGGAUGUUACGUUGCAUUUCUGAAUUGUUAUGACGACUUGAUUGGAUAAUAAUUCGCAGGAUACAAACGCAUUUUCAGAUAAUCAUUUUUCCUGAGGCGGUCAGUCGGAUAGAAUUAUUUUUCUGGUUUUCACAAAAAUGGAAAAUUGCUCCAUGGGAUUUGUGAUUCUUCUUUUUCAUGGAUUUUACGUGGUAGGCCUGCAGGGAUAAUAAUCGGUUUUGCCGUUUUAUUAACUGAAAACGGAGAAUAUAGUAUGGAUUUGAUCAGAAUUUUUAUUGUUUUUGGUUAGUUUGACAGUUUUGAGCGAAGGAUGAUUGUUUUUAUUGCACAUCAGGCAAAGGUAAAGCAGAAUAACGUGUUUUGGCAAGUGGUUUGUUGUCUGAUGAUUACAGUAUUGGCUUAGACUGAAACCUGAGUUUUUGAUUACGCAAGGUAUUCAGGGGUGAGGCCAAUUUGAAUGCCAUAAAAACAGAAUAAUCUAACUUAUGCGCCAACGGUUCCAAGCUGCAGAAUGGAAUUCGCGAUUUUAUGCAGCGGGAUUGGCCUUCUUCAAAUUCUGUUGGUAGUCGCCACGGACUCUGAAGUACCAAAUCCCCCACCAACGGAAUAUACAAGUAAUGUAUCAGAAUCCAUUGAUAUAAGUAUAUUCCAACAGCGCGAGACAAUGACUUAUUAUGGGAAAUAUGGCAAUAUAACAUGGCCGGAUAGGUCCCUGACUGCGAAAGUUGAAGGGGAUUUAGUGAUAGGCGGCCUUAUGAUGGUUCACGAGAGGAGUGAGGAGUUGAUAUGCGGGCCUAUCAUGGCCCAAGGCGGCAUCCAGGCCCUGGAGAUGAUGCUUUUUACGUUGGAUCAUGUGAAUAAUCAGAAGGAUUUCUUACCGGGGAUUAAGCUUGGCGCUCAUAUAAAGGACGAUUGCGACAGGGAUACGUAUGGUUUGGAACAGUCAGUGGAUUUUAUAAGAGGUUCCAUAUCGAAUAUAGGUGGCGGUGCGAGCGAUUGUCAAGAUGGCGACGAUAACACGUGGAAGAACAUCGUGGGGGUGGUCGGUGCUGCUUCAAGCGUUACUUCAAUACAAGUCGCUAAUCUGCUGAAGCUUUUCAAAAUACCCCAGGUCAGCUUUUUCUCCACGAGCGCCGAGCUGAGCGCCAAAGAGCGGUACCCCUACUUCCUUCGGACGAUCCCCUCUGAUGACGCCCAGGCCCAGGCGAUGGUUCAGCUGGUCAAAAUGUUCAAGUGGCAAUACGUGUCGCUGCUGUACGAGGAGUCAAGCUAUGGAGAAAAGGGGAUGCAGGUGGUUGAGCACCAUCUCAAGAAGGCAGGAGUCUGCAUAGCAGUGAGGGACCGACUCAUCAAAGAUUCCGGGGUGGCUUCGGAGGACACCUACGACAAGGUAGUGGAGGACCUGCUGAAGAAGAAAACUGCCAGAGGCGUGAUUGUUUUUGGAUCAGACCAGGAGGUUGCCCAGCUGAUGAAUGCUGUCAGGAGAAACAACGCCACUGGCCAGUUCGUGUGGAUCGGGUCGGAUGGUUGGGGAGGGCGAGAGCUGGUUUGGAAAACCAGGGAAGCACAGGUUGAGGGUGCAGUGACGGUCCAACCGCUAGCGAAACCGGUCAAAGCUUUCGACGACUACUUCCUGAGCCUGAAGCCCGACAACAACACGCGCAACCCCUGGUUCAUCGAGUACUGGGAGUCGUAUUUCAAUUGCAAGUACCCGGACAGCCCCUACACGCCCCUGAAUGAGGACUUCGUGAUCAACUGCACGGACAACAUGACCCAGUCGUACGAGACGGGCUACAUGCCCGAGGCCCAGCUGCAGUUUGUCAGUGAUGCCGUGUUGGCGUUUGCUAAUGCUAUAAGGAACAUACAGCGAAAGUUCUGUCCUGGUCAAGUAGGUUUGUGUCCAAAGAUCGACCCCAUACCCGGGAAACUGUUGUUGGAGGAACUAAAGAAAGUGCAUUUUAGAAGUUUGUCCGGACAGGAUGUGCAGUUUGACAAGAAUCUUGAUGGACCACCGCGGUAUCGGAUUCUUAACUUUCAACAACCGAAACCUGGGGAAUACAAAUGGCAAGAAGUUGGAUUCUUUACAGAGUUCGAACUCACAUUGAAAACGACCGAGACAAAUGACAGCCUUCUUAUGUUCCGGCUAAACGAACCGACUUUCCCGGCCUCUUACUGCAGCGCCAAAUGCGGACCUGGCCAAGCGAAAUACUACAUCACGGGGGACAAAUGCUGCUGGAAUUGUGUCAAUUGCACUCGGUGGCAAUACCUAGCAAGUGAGGAUAUAUGCAGGGAGUGCGACUACGGCACCAAACCUGACGCGCGCAAGACUACGUGUAUUGAGAUUCCGCCGGAAGUGAUGCAGCAAGAUAACCCAAUCGCGAUCGCUGCGCUAGUGUACGCAUCCGCCGGGGUUAUAGUGACCGUCUUCGUCAUAUGUGUGUUCGUUUUGUACCACGAAACGCCCGUUGUAAAGGCGUCAGGCAGGGAAUUAAGUUUCGUGCUUCUUGUGGGAAUAUUGCUAAGCUUCGGAAUGACGUUCUUCAUAACAAACAAACCAUCCGAUUUGAUUUGCGGAUUGCAAAAGUUUGGCAUAGGAUUAUGUUUCAGUAUAUGUUACGGCGCCAUUUUGACUAAAACCAACCGUAUUGCAAGGAUUUUUCGCGCUGGAAAACGAACGGUCAGGAGGCCGAAAUUUAUUAGUCCUUUGUCGCAGUUGCUGAUAUGUUCGGCGUUAGUAGUAAUUCAAGUAGCCAUCGGGACUUGCUGGAUAAUUUAUCGGCCGCCGAAGGCGGGGCCACAUUACCCCACCAGGGCGCAGCACCAACUCGUAUGCAAAUCAGCAGUAGGAUUAGAGUAUAUGAUUGGCUUAGGCUACCCAGUACUUUUAAUAAUCAUUUGCACAGUUUACGCAGUGCUGACCCGCAAAAUACCCGAGGCCUUCAACGAAUCUAAGCACAUAGGUUUUACUAUGUACACUACAUGCAUCAUAUGGCUUGCCUUUGUCCCUAUAUAUUUCAGUACCGCAAACAACAUCAAAAUCCGUUUAGGAACUUUAUGCUUUUCUAUAAGUCUGAGCGCGACGAUAGCCCUGAUAUGCCUGUUUACGCCAAAACUUUAUAUCAUUUUACUGAGGCCGGAGCGCAAUGUCCGUCAGUCCAUGAUGUCUUCGAAGAAUGUCUCUCUCUCCAAGCAGAACUCUUCCCACAGUCGCGUCGACUCAGCUUACUCACAGUACACAGAACUUCAAUUUUACUCGCGAGCUCGAACUCCAUCAGCGACUGAAACCCUCCACCUCGAUGAGCAGCGGCCUCUCGCGGUCGACGAGUGCAACUCAGACCUAUAGCAACGGCACCAGCAUCAGCACCCAGACCCUAGACAGCAUAGGCCAGGAAUUCGAUGACAUGGACGUACAAUUAUAGCAAUUACAGAAAAAUAGCACCAAUAUAAAUCAUAGCAUUGGCACUUGUACAAAUUAUUUGCACACCGUGGGACAGGAAUUUGACUACAUGGAUGUCUGGUUAUAGCAAAUGUUUUUGUGUUUUAAUUAGGAUUUUUUUUCAAUUUAUGUUGCUUCCUAAAUGUACCCCAUGUGCACUUGUUGGGAGUAUUGUGGACAUGGAUGUGUGGUUACACAUUGCAAAGAGUAGUAAUAUGAGAAUUUACGAAUAGCAUUCCGCGAAGAUGACGUCACUGCAGCUGCUGCCCUCUAUUUCCCCAUCGCUGAAUUACAGGCAAUGUCGGACAAACAUGCGGUUUCGUAAUGGAUUCAGGCUUUCUAACUAGGGAAGUUAGAUUCAAUCUGGCACAUGUCCGAGUGUUGGAAAUACAACAUAAUUGUUCUGAAUAUUUCUCUCUCUGACUCUAUGGUAUCAUUCAUGCUAAAAACAAUGCAGGGUCAAAGAUAAUUGACUUCGAAAUAAGCUCAAAUGCGUAGAAAUAAGUGUCGAUGUCCGCCUGUCACGUGACUAAAACGUCAUCAAUAUCUUAUGCAAAUGACCUUGUGAGCUAUAAAUAGUAACUUCGCGGGAUGCUAUUAAAUGCUUUUGAAGCUAGGAUGAAGAAAGCCCCAGGCUGUGUGUGUUCAGCAGCUUUCUUUUUGUGUCACUGAUCAACGAAGUGUCCUCACCCUUGUCCAUUACAAUCCCUUUGAGGUGUUUUGUGCGCCAACGAAAGUCUCCAAGUUGACACACAAACACUGCAGGAUAAGUGUACGUCUCCAUGAAGCUGGCUGGACAACGUUUUGUGACCAAGUCAACGAUAUCGAAUGAGGUUAUCUUGAUGACCUCGGCAACAUUGACAAUUGAAUCCUUUUUUUCCACUUAUCUCGUAGUGUCUCGCAGUGUCCAUGCACAGAUUUCGAUGAAAAUAUUCAAACUACAUGUAUUUGCUUCUGGUAGAACCUCACAGCACGGUCAAACUAUGUUUCACAGAGGCAGUAUUAUGUAUGAUGAUAUUUUAAAGGAAGUGACUAUUUGGCAAGCCCGGCUUACCAAACAGCGACUUUUUCUUGUCCUGAAUGGAGAGCCGAACUCAUUAAUAUGAAAGUAAAGUCUCCAGCUCGCCAAACAGGGUAGAUUUUUUACCUGUUUGGCAAGCCCGGCUGGCAGAACAGGGUGGCUUUUUAGUGCUGUUUGGCAAGCGGCUCUCCAAACAGGACAAAAAAGAUGCCUGUUCGGCGAGCGGCUUGCCAAAUAGACCCGGUGUGACGGGGAUAGUAGUCUUAGGGCUGAUAGUCCGUGUAACAAUAGCCCGCAUUGCUAAAUGUUUUGGUUAGGGUUAGCGGUACAAUAGAUCAUGCUGCUUAAUUGGUCAAAUAAAAUGCUACCGGACUAUGACUGCAGGGGGACUAUAUCCGCUGUCACACCGGCCUAUUUUAAAUUGUUCACAUGACGAACGUUACAGCGUUCUCACAAUAGUAAUUACCAUGACACGUUUAAAAACGUCUUCUGUGAUGUAAUAGGCCUAAGUGGUCACGGUAUUUGCAACUCAAUUCAGAUUACAUUAGAUUCAUUGAUGCCAAAUGGCUUAAAACACACAGGGUGUGUACUGCCGUGGUAAAGGUGCCAUGUAACUGAAUGCUGUGUGUGCUUGUGUUCCAUUCGAUGUGCGUGGAAUUUAGAGAGUGUGUAAACAGUGCGAACCAAAAAUUUAGUUGGAAUGACAGACUCAGAGAACCAAACGCCUUGAAAGAGUCACUUAUGUCGAACCAGAGUUAUUAUCGGUAUACCGUGAUAAUUCGGUCCGAUUUUUAAUGUUUCCCUUUUUGGGGCAUUUUGAUGAAUGGAACUACCAGUAUAGGGUGGAAGGUGACUUGGCUGCCGACAGCCUGGUGAUAGUGCCCUGGGUCGCUGCCCCGGGUAAUGCCCUUGAUAAUGCCAAAGGUCCCUCAACACUUAAACCGAAAUCAUCAAAGAAUCCUACAAAAAUACUGUAAAUAUAGUGGAACUGUACGAGAAACUGAAGAUCUUUAGUUAAAAAUAUUUCAUUUCAUGUCAGUUCAAUUGGGAUUGUCACACUGGCGUUUUCUGCCCUCACGAGUUUUGUGUCUGUUUGUUCGUGGUAGUGAAAGUGCGAGUGAAUGUUAAGUGAACUAGCAUGCCCCGAUGAAGCAUCUCGCUCCCUUGUUUGAAACUUACAAAAAUACGAGUGAAUGUAUUAUUUUCUUAAACAACUUUUAACUCUUGUUUGUCUAGAAAUGUGUCAUUUUGUGAAGAAGAGAUAGUUUGAUAUGUUUGGCGUCCUAUAUCGAGACCAUUGCCAAGUAUACUUUUUGAUUUGAUUACAAACGCGAUUUAAGUAGUUAACCUAUCCAUGACAUAUUGUUGUUUUAUUUCUCCCACGAUAAAUGUUUGACUAAUGAAGUGCGCCUAAUCCAAUCUUGGACUUGAAGGUUGUACACAUGCCCGGUGCGCUAUUACCUUCUUGUUCAACUUCUGUAAUGUUUUUCAGAUAGAUCAAGUCAAAAGUUCUUGGCUGACCUCUUGUCACUAAACUGUAAUAGUGUGAUCACAAAUAGCAAUGUUACAUUGCCUUGGUGAGCCGGUGUCAUAGUUGACCGGUUUCAGUUGACACUGUGAAAGAGCAUUGGUUGAUAAUCUAGUGUCGUGCAACACCACUAUCUUUUCGUAAAUGUGACUCGCUCUACCAAAACUAGGCAC